UGCGCACGGUACUUGCGAUUUGACAGCUGCCAGCACGAAUAGUAAAAGUAGCGAAUCAUGUAAGGACCUUUCGGGUUAAAGAGACAAUUUGCCAUCCUACAAGUGUUUGCACUGCUAAAGAGACACGUUAGAAGAGUUGGCAGGAUAGGCAGACGCAGGAGCGGACGAAGAAGGAGUAGAGGAUCCAGAGGCAGAAUGACACGUCCUCCAAAUAAUGACAAUCUUAUGACCUUUAAAUUGGUUGUUGUUGGUGAUGGAGGUGUUGGCAAAAGCGCACUUACAAUACAGUUUUUUCAGAAACUGUUUGUUGCAGACUAUGAUCCAACUAUCGAGGAUAGUUAUAUACAACACACAGAAGUGGACAAACAAUGGUGUAUCUUGGAUGUAUUAGAUACAGCUGGUCAGGAAGAAUUUAGUGCUAUGCGUGAACAAUAUAUGCGGAAAGGUGAUGGAUUUCUUUUGGUAUAUUCUGUGACCGAUAAACAAUCGUAUCAAAACAUCGUCAAUUUUCAUACUCAAAUUCUGCGAGUGAAAGAUAGAGAUAUUUAUCCUAUGUUACUGGUAGCUAACAAAGUCGAUUUGGUGCAUUUAAGAAAAGUUACAGAGGAACAGGGAAGAGAAUUAGCUUAUCGUUUGGGUAUACCUUAUAUUGAAACUUCUGCCAAAGAUCCACCGUUAAACGUAGACGUGGCAUUUCAUGAGGUUGUUCGUAUUAUCAGAAAUCAACCCCCAGCCGAAUUGGAGAAAAAUCAAAAAAAGCGGCGACGUGCUUCAAAAAAAUGUAUCAUUUUAUAAGUUUUGAAGACAAACUGCGCACAUGUACAAGAAUCAAGGACCACGGUGCUGCAUCGUGCAAUGACUUUGUUUCUGAGAGAGUACGUCCUUGAGUUUAAGAAAGCCAUCAGAAAGAAUGAUUCUUUCGUUCUCCAGUAUAGGUAUCUAUAACUAUUUUCCAUCUUUUGCUGUUUAUUAUAUCAUAGCAUUAACAAGUGCUAUGAAGUAUCGUUUUCUUUGUAUUUAUAUACCGUGUAAACAUAAUAUUUAUAAAGAGUAUUUAUCGUAGAA